AUGGGAAUUCUAACGGAUAUGGUGAGGUUCAAUGUUCGUGGGAGAAUCUUUGAGACCACGGCCACAACCCUUGCCAACGCAGGACGUAAUUCCUUGUUUGGAGCUAUUUUUGAUGACAAUUGGAACCUUCAACCGAGUGCCACCGCAACCACUGAGCACUUCAUUGAUCGCAACCCGGAUUGCCUUGCAGUCCUCCUUGACCUCCUGGGGUUAGGGGAGCUUCAAAUACCCACAAACAUUCUUGAAAAAUUGCUAUAUAGGGAGGCCGAUAUUGGGGCUCCGAUAAUGGAUGAGCGAAGGGUUAGGGAUGCAAUAAAUAUGGAGGACACCAAUUCUAUGUAUAGUUAA